AUUGCCCAGGCAUGGACAAUGCCCGGGACCAGAGCGACAAGGAUGCCCCCAAGGCCAUCAGCCCCAUGAGCAGAGAGCUCAGGGAGACCUGGGGGAUCCAGAGGAGCAUGAUCACACAGCGGGAGGGUGCUGGGGACACUGUGGCGGACCCUGCUGGGCAGUGGCCACACAGCCUCUCCCUGCAGCCCAGCAGGAGGUGGCUGACGUGUGCGGAGCAGGUCGGGGAGCUGAGCACAGCCUGGCGGCGAGGAAGACAGGAUGCGGCCGCGUCCCUUGAGGUCUGCAGAGAGCCAGCGUCCUGCCCAGUGACGCCUGUGCUGUGCACCUCAGAAAGGCACAGCGUCAGGGGCCCGGAGGCAAAGAGCGGGCCAGCUCCUGAGUCCCAGUGUGAGAAGGGAUGGCCUUCCUCUUCUAAGAGGGCCAGAGCCUGGGAUGAGCAGGGUCACGUCCCCAACAGCAACAGCUGCGUUUUGGAGGGGCUUCAGAAUCGCCUUCCAAGAAAGCCAGAGCGAGAACCCACAGAAGCGGGGCUGAGGGGCUUCCGUGGUCACCUGAGGAAGCAGCGUUGCUGGGAGGAGGACCCCAGCGGCACUGCGGAGGUCAAGGCUCACAGUGCCAGCCACAGCGUGCCACCUUGCGAGCAGGACACCAACACCAGGGCUGCCUGGAAGGCUGCGGCCCAGGCAGCCAAAGAGGGCAGAGAGUGUGAGUCGGAAGCAGCCACAGUUCAGGGACCUAAAGACAAGGCGCCCGGGGACCGGGGCAGACCUCCGCCUGAGCGCCUGGGCUAUGCCCCUAGCACCCUACACUGCGUCUGCUGCCAGCCUCCCAGCAACAGGAUGAUGAUGCAUUGUGACGGUGACUACGUGGGCACUGCCGAGACCCAAGGGCGGCUCUGGCAGAGGAGUGGGGACAGUCACCUCUGCCUGGACUGCACUGCCCCGCAAGUGCAGGGUAAGAGGACUUCAGGCCCCACCGGGGAGCAGGCGCCUGGAUGCAGACCUGGAGGUGCCCACGACACGGAGUUCGAGAGCAGAGCAAUGGACGAGCAGACGUCUGGUGCUGCCCAGGGCAGUGAGGGUGGACCUGAGGGGUCCUCAAGCCACAGCGCCGAGAAGGCCACAGGGAUGUCCUUGCCUGUGACAGUGUCUCCUGACACCGUGCCCUGUGCAGGCCCUGGGUGCCGCAGUAUGGCACAGCCUGGCAAGGUGUACUGUGGCAAUGAAUGCAUUCUCAAGCAUGCGGCAGCUGCUGUGAGAUUUCUAAGUGCACAGAAAGGACACAAACCAAAGCCUAAGAAGGUCAAGAUGAAGCCAGAAGAGCUCCAUCUCCCCAAACCUAGUGUGCAGGGAGGGAUUACGAUGGCCUCUGUGCACAAGAGGCCAGCUCCAGAGGAAACUGGAAGCCCAGUGAAGAAGGUGGUGGUGAUUCCGAGGGGCGACACCUUGGGGAAGGAAGCUGCCAGCAAGAGCAGCAUACCCUCCUGGGCCCACGACCACAAGGCCAGCGCAGGGGUGCCAGAGAAGACUGCUGCUCCCUCCCCACUACACUGGGGUAAAUCCCCAGAGGACCCCAGGAGAGCGGACCGAGCAGUGGGUGCUGGCCCGGGCUCUGAGAACACAGCCCUUUCUGGCUCCUUGGUGGGCGAGCCGCCUUUGUCCAGAAGUCUCCUUCUGAAGAAGCAGCAUCCUUUUGCCAACCUGGGAGGAGCCAAAUUGGACAUGAAUAAGUCAGCGUUGGGCUUCAGGGGCCACAUCCCCAAGAGGCCCUGCCUCUGGGAGGCCCCAGCAGGCACCUCGGUGGCCACGCAGGAGGGACCAAUGCCGGUUCCUCUGGCCAUGGAGUCCAAACAGCCGCUGUGCUCUGUGGCUCUGAUGGGAGCCGGGAGGAGACCUGGGGUGACUUUGGUCCCCACAGCUGCUGCAGCCCCAGGAUGCCUCAGGGCUGCAGGUCCUGCCCUGUCACAGCCAGAGUCCCCAAUUCAUCACAAUCCCAGAUGCUCCUUGAAGGAGAUUCUAUGGAAAAGGUGGGCUGUUCUCCUGUAA